AUGGGAUUGGUACCAGAGUCUCUAUGGCCCACCGUCAUUGAGAUGUGGGUGGAAUAUGCCAUCGGCAUACUCGUCCUGUUUCUCCGCGUCUUCAGUCGGUGCAAGAUGGUUGGCUGGAAAUGGCAAGGCGACGAUUAUUUGGCGAUUUCAGCCAUUCUAUUCUUCACAUUUGAGGUCAUGAUGUGCCAGAUCAUUGUCGAGAAGGGAAGCAUUACUGGCAUGACAGAUGCAGUUGCCCUCACAUUGACUCCCGAAGAGUACAAGAGUCACGAGACCGGCGCUAAGUGGCUGUUCGCGGCGUGGUACAUUUACGUCAGCUUGAUCUGGAGUUUGAAGGGCAUCAUGCUGUUUUUCUUCUUCAGGGUCACCAAGUCUCUGCCCGAGGAACGCCUGGUCAAGGUGGUUUCUGUUAUCACUGUUGCCGCGUACUUGGCAACUCUUGCAGUCAUCACCGGUCACUGCCGCCCGAUUCACAGGCUUUGGCAGGUGUAUCCCUACGCCGGAGAUGAUUGUACCCAGAAUAGGUCCAAGUACUACGCGCUGGUCACAACCAAUGUUUUGAAACUGUCCUUCGGUUUGAUGUUCUGCGCCGGUUUCUUCAUUGUCAUCUGCACCCUUCUCCGCUGCAUCAUCUGCCUGCAGACGCCCGAGAGACUUGAUCUGGGUCUGAACUGGUCGAUCCGUGAAACCGUUAUCGGUAUCAUCUGCACCAACGCGCCCUCGAUCAAGCCCCUCUUCCCCAGCCGCCACAAGGGAUCGACCGCGAACAGCCAUACCCCCACCGGACUCGUCACCUUCGGCGGUACCGGCUCGAACCACAAGCGGUCGCGCUUGAGGGAAGACCACGAGAGAAUUCCCGACGACGGAUCGGUUGGUAGCCAGGAGCACAUCGUGAAGCCGAAGGGGGGGAACCAGACCAGCGCGUUCGCUGACAACCGUAGCGACGAUCGCAGCUUCGACGAUCAAGCGAGGUAUAAUGGGGGCAUUCAGGUCAAAAGCGAGUACAAGGUUGAGGUCCGGUAA